GGAACUUGGAAGGGCUGCUGUUCUCGGCCCUUUUAAAAAGAGCAGCAGCGGCAGAGGCAAAGCGGACUCAAAAAGCUUGGGGUUUCGUAAUUUCGUAGCGUUGCUUUCAUGGCGACCUUUGUUUCUCUGAGCUUCUCCGUUCCACAGCCCACUCUCAAGGAAAUCCCACCACGGAAACUAUCUGAAGUUACGGUAGUUUCAAGCCGAGCUGGAACAGCUUCGAAGCUUGUCCUAUCCUGUUGCUCAAAUAUAUCCAUAUCUAUGAAUUGGAAAAACUGCCAUCCUGUACGGUUAACUCCAAGACCUUUUUGGGGCAUAGUUUCUUCUAGUUCCAGGGCUAUGGUAUUAUUAUCUGGCUACUGGGUAGGACCUGAUGUUGAUGAUGGAUGGGGAUAUAUAGAAGCUUUUAUUGAUCGGAUUACUUAACUAUUCAAACUUUAAAUUCCAUUUCAUGACUUUCUUCUGCUUACUGUGCCUAAUCUUAGUCGAAUCAUUGUAUGCAUUAGUCAUUUGCUUUCACCAAAUGUCUGAAACUGCUCUGUUAGUGAAAUUUUUAUCUUCUUUGACCUGGGAAGAUAAGGUAAGUAA